AUGAGCGAGCAAAAAGGGAAGAAAAUCGUCGUUUUUGGAAGCAUUGUUCAAGAUUUGAUUAGCUAUACGGAACGAUUUCCGCGACCCGGUGAAUCUGUUCGCGGCGACUCAUUUCAGCUUGGAGCCGGCGGAAAAGGAGCAAAUCAAGCUGUCGCCGCUGCUCGAUUGGGUGUCGAUGUCUCCAUUAUUGCCAUGGUCGGCGAUGAUAUUUUCGGCGAGUCGAACAUCAAAUCCCUUCGAGACCAGGGUGUCGAUGUUUCAUCGAUCGGCGUCUCGACGAAAACGCACACGGCGACGGCGACAAUCACAGUGACGCGCGAGGCGGAAAACUCGAUUGUUGUGACGCUCGGCGCGAAUAUGGAGCUUGUUUCCGAUGUCGCCGACAGUCAUGAGACGACGAUUGCGGACGCUUCAAUAAUUGUGUGCCAAGGCGAAAUUCCCGAAAUCGCGAAUCGUCGCGCUUUCGAGAUCGCGAAAAAGCAUGGAGUCACAACAUUCUUGAAUCCUGCCCCAGGCGAUCCAAAAAUGGACAAGUCGAUUCUCGAACUCACCGACAUCUUGUGCACCAAUGAAAACGAGGCCGAGUUUUUGACCGGAAUUUCUCCGGACACGCCGGAAAACGGCGAAAAGGCGAUAUUGAGAAUGCUCGAAAUGGGCCCAAAACACGCGAUUAUAACAUUAGGGCCAAAAGGAUGUUUGCUGGCUUCAAAGGGACAUCAGCCGAAGUUGAUUCCAGGAAAGCAUGUAGAAGCUGUUGACACCACUGGCGCCGGCGAUUGCUUUUGCGGCAGCCUCGCCGCUCUUCUCCUCAAAGGCGUCGCCAUCGAUGAAUCGACGCGAAUCGCCGCCAAUCUCGCGUCGCUCUCCGUCACCCGCAAAGGUACCCAAUCAUCAUAUUGGCGUCUCGACGAGAUCCGCCGCCAUCAUCCCAAUCUUCUUCCAUCAACAUUCUAG